AUGAAUCGUCCAGCGCCACACAAGGCCUUCAAUUCCUUUGCCCAGGCCUCUGGUGUCUUUGCCACCGAACCGAAUACAACACUGAUACUCUUCAUCGACGUGAAAGACGAUCCAGUAAAGACAUGGCCUUUGGUUCUUCAGCAGCUAGGGCCUUUGCGCGAUUUGAGAUACCUAUCUUGCCACGACAGAACCAUGGGCACAAAUCAGACAUUCUGGCCUGGACCAAUAACCAUAUUAGGCACAGGAAACAUUAUUAAACGGCGCGACAUCAACAUUGGCACAGACCUUGAAGAAUGGCAGCAGCGCCACGAUACAUUUCUCGACGCUCCCUUACAUCUGCUCACUGAAACAGGCUUUGUCCAAAGCAAGGAGUUUUACGGGCCCUACGAAUUGGAAAAUGAAUUCUAUACCGCCUCUGCCCCUUUCAAUAAGGCUAUCGGCAGUGCUCGGACGGGCUUUAGUACCCAGCAGAUGGAAACUCUGCGGGACCAACUUCGAAGCGCAAAGCUUCGAAACUUGAAGUCAAGACUAUGGGGGUUACCUGAUUGGCCAAGGGGACAUAGGGACUACGUGUGGAAAGUACUUGUGCAAGAGGGUAUUGAUUUACUCAAUGCAAAUGACAUCGCCAGUGCAGCGACUAUAUCCUUUAUACCUUCUCUUGUACAGUAUGGGAAUAUCAUUGAGGGCCAUAGUGGAAAACAAGUCCUGCAGAGUCAAGACCUCCAUGGCAAAGCCACCGACGCAUUUAGCCCCUCAUGGUGUUACGGGGCAGCCAAUCGAACGUAA